GCUUGCAUAGCUCACAAGUUCCUAGUACUAAUAUUCCCUCUUCCAUUUUCCCAAAUUGUGGGAACUUGACAUUAUUACAUUUUUCCCGAAAAUGUUCAAAUCGCUUGGAAACUCGGCCUGCCCUGACUCUGCUUGCUGUUGUUUACGUUGUCGAUCCCAGGUUGCUGCUGACGAUCAAGUCACUGAUGCAAAGUGGCCGCUAGGGUGUGAUGCUUGUCUGGAGGCGAACAAGACAUGCACCUGCAGCAAGGUUAUUGACGAUGUGCAGCACAAGGCUAAUAGCUCUGUGCUUCAUGCAGUUGUCAACAUGAUAGGAAUGCUUAUAGGUCUGGGGCAGCUAUCAACCCCCUAUGCUCUCGAAACUGGAGGUUGGGCUUCUGCAUUCCUGCUAGUAGGACUAGGAAUAGUCUGUGCUUAUAGUUCCCAUCUACUUGGAAAAUGCCUCAACAAUUAUCCAAAAUCCAAAAAUUACCCUGAUAUAGGAUACCAGGCAUUUGGAAGACGCGGAAAAGUCAUAGCUGCAACCUUCAUCUACAUGGAAAUUUUCAUGGCCCUGGUUUCUUACACAAUCUCUCUUCAUGACAACCUGAACAUUGUUUUCUUAGGUUCACGGAUCAAUUUGGCAUGGCCUUGUUUAACGACUUCUCAGCUCUUGACAGUAAUAGCUGUUUUAGUGGCCCUUCCUAGUCUCUGGCUGAGAGAUCUUUCUUCCAUAUCCUUUUUAUCAACAGCUGGCAUUCUCAUGUCUCUUGUCAUUUUUUUAAGUGUGGCAUGGACUGCUAUUUUCGGAGGGAUCGAAGUUAAUCAGACGAUACCAGUUUUACAGCUUAGGAAUAUGCCUACUGUAUCUGGUCUUUUUAUCUUCAGUUUUGCUGGACAUAUAGUUUUCCCUAAUAUUCAAGCAGGAAUGAAAGAUCCUUCUAAGUUCACCAAGGUAACCAUUGUGAGCUUCACACUAGUGACAAUGCUCUACACAUCCCUAGCUUUUAUGGGUGCCAAAAUGUUCGGUCCACACGUAAAUGCUCAGAUCACUCUCAGUCUCCCAAGAAACCUGAUUGUCACCCAUAUAGCUUUAUGGGCAACAGUCCUCACUCCCAUGACCAAAUACGCCUUAGAAUUCGCCCCAUUUGCUAUGCAACUCGAGCACUGCCUUCCCGGCUCCAUGAAAUCAAGAACAAAGAUGAUCAUCAGGGGCGGAGUAGGAUCAAUCUUGCUCCUCCUAAUACUAGCUCUUGCUCUUUCCGUCCCAUAUUUUGAGUAUGUUCUUAGCCUAACUGGCUCACUUGUCAGUGUGGGAAUAUGCAUAAUAUUUCCUUGUGCAUUCUACAUCAAGAUCUUCUGGACCCAGCUUUCGAAGCCGGCUUUGAUUCUUAAUUUGGUGCUCAUUGUGAUCGGCUUUGUUAUGGGUGUUUGUGGAACCAUUUCUUCGAUGAACUAUCUCAUUGGUAGUAUGCAGAGGGGACGGUAAAAUCUGACCAACAUAGCACAACUAUACACACAUAAGAAGCUUAAAAUUUGAGCACUGUUGGAUAGCUCAGUGGCAGAGAGCUUAUCCUCUGUCGUCCGAUACUCAUUUGUAAGUCUAUAAGCCAUAUUUGUCAAAAAAAAAAAAAAACUUAAAAUUUGGCUAGCUUGCGGAAAAAUCACCAGCAGCUACCAAUUUCGUUGGAAUCUUGUAUUAGUGUUGCAACUAUAAUAUCCAUGAGGAUUGACUAUGAUGAAUGAAUACAUAAACCAAAAGCUUUAUCAGUGAGUAUUAUUUGAUACUUCA